AUAACAAAAUCUUCUCCACACGCGAUCAAAUCGUGUGUUCGAUGCAAAAGUUUACGCGGUUUGGUUGAUUUUACACAGAAAUAACUGAAAUUAAUAUGAGUUCAGUUAUAGCUGCUGGUCUUGCUCUGACAGCACUAGGUUUUACAGGCCGUUAUAUCAUGCGAGCUAGACCACUUUGGGGUAAAGCAAUAGAACGACAGAUGAAAGAGCUACCGAAGGUGGAGUUCAAAAUUAAUUUGGAUAAAUUGGCGCAAGAUACGAAAUACCACAAGGGUGGCUUCGAGGCGAAAAUGUCUAAACGCGAGGCUUGCCUGAUUCUCGGGGUUCCUCCUACCGUCAGCAAGGCUAAACUAAAGGAAGCCCAUAAGCGGAUUAUGCUUCUUAACCAUCCCGAUCGCGGUGGCAGCCCCUAUUUAGCAGCAAAAAUCAACGAAGCCAAAGAUCUUUUGGAUAAAUAAAUGCCCUUCUGUAAUUUUAUCUAAACCGUAGAAUUCUGGCAUACAUAUACGGAUAGACACACAUUUAGGCAAUUGCAAUAUUGUAUAGUAACGUAUAGGCAGAGAAAUGUUUUAAUAUUAAAGUAUAACCUAGUGGAAGAAUAUAGAAGCACAAACAGAGAAAAACUUAUAUAUAAAUAAAUAAUUAAUAA